AUGGCGAGAAAGGGGGGACCAAAGUUUUAUGCUGUUCGCGUCGGCAAAAAGCCCGGUGUUUACACCAGCUGGGAUGAGGCCAGUGACCAAGUCAUUGGCUUUGGCGGCGCAAUUCACAAAAGCUUUCCCACCCGCAAGGAAGCACAGGAUUGGUUCAACGCGGGCCGCUCUUCUUCAAACACGACAAACCAGCAGGCUAGCAGCAGCAGUACUCGCCAACCUUUCCGACAGGGACCUGAUCACCCAACACCACAAACCACCUAUCUCAUCCGACGUGGCUCUGAUCAGUCCUCGCCUCAAACCAGCUAUCCUGGUCGAACCAACCGCAAUGAUCCUGCUCCGGCCCGCGACAACUCCCCAUCACCACCAGCACCACCACCAGCAUUCCCUCGCUAUCCCAUCAUAAACACCGUCACCAACAACAUCGUCCUCCCCAAAAAGAACCCAGUCCCCCCAACCUCAACCGCCACCAGAGAGCCCCCCGCCAAAAGAGCCAGACCCAACCCCGACCCAAACGAACUGAUCGUAGUCUACACCGACGGCGCCGCCCCCGGCAACGGCAAAAGGCACGCCGCAGCCGGGAUAGGAGUCUACUUCGGCGCCGGCGACCCCAGGAACAUCUCCAAACGCCUCCCGGGCCCCUUGCAAACCAACCAGCGCGCCGAGCUCAUGGCCAUCCUCCUCGCGCUUCAGGCUUUUGACCCCGCCGAGUCGGUGGAGAUCAGAACAGACAGUCAAUACUCCAUCGACUGCGUGACAAAGUGGUAUCGGGGAUGGGUCAGAAACGGGUGGCUGUCGGCUAAGGGCGCGGCGGUUAAGAACGACGAUAUCAUCAAGCCUAUUCGGGCUCUGAUUGACGAGAGGGAUGCCGUCGGGGCGAGGACAAAGUUUACCAAGGUGGCGGGACAUUCGGGGGACCCGGGGAACGAUGCGGCUGAUCGCUUGGCCGUUCUCGGGGCUCAGCUGCCUGUAGUUGAAAGCCGCUUGCGGAGGUGGAGAGGUUGA